AUGAACUUAAGCUCCAGCCUGCCUCGUGGCCCUACCGGGUCUCCCGGGGGCCCAUCAAUAGGUCCCUUCGAAGCUCCAAUGUUAGCAACGAACGCACUUCCAUCAGCUAGGGGCACCGAAGGGAUCAUGUCAACGCAUGAGUCGCCACAAAAUUCACAGUUGCAGCAAGAAGAGGCGCUAUCUGCUCAGUUUUGUUUCUCUGGCUACCAGCAGCAACACCUCACCAAAAAGCCUACCUCUCCUGUCUUUCAAAAAGAGCUGGACCACCAGCACCAACUGCCACUGCAACAGGCCCCCCAAAACUUACAGACAGCGGUCUGUGCAAAUCGCCGGAGUAGCUCAAACUCUUCUCUGGUUAAUCAAGAAAGGCAUGCUCACAUAGCGAGCAGCAAGAUGGUCCUCAAGUGCUGUAGCAGGGGAUCUAGCUGCACCUGCCACGCCGAUACACGAACUACCUUUAACAGCACUGAGUUUAGCAGGUUUAGCUUUCACAGUACACGCAGCAGCACAGGAUCUAAUGUCUUCGGAAGCAGGAGAUACAGCAGUACAGACUCGGAGUUGAAUGCGUAUGCGGCUCCAGAUCCUAGAAGGGCACCAGGGAAACCUCCACUGGCUUCGCCCUGCGGCGCUGCCGGUGAGCCUUCAACCUUUUACGUGGGGACCGAGUCAUGUACAGACUGGGGUGCGAUUUCAGCAGACGAUGGAAACUGCAGCGGUAGCAGUGUAUUUGUCGCAGUGAGAGUACGCCCCAUGUGUGAAAAGGAGAGACGCCAGGGAAGUUUCAAAACAGUGACUGUUCUAGAUCGGCAGUCCCUAACGGUAACGGAGCUGGGGGCGACCGGGGGACCUCGAGGCAGGAGAGUAAGGAAGAGAUACUUUUCAUUUGACUGGGUGUUUAGCGAGACAGCUGACCAAGAAGAGGUCUUCAAGGGGUGCACCCUUCCCCUGUUGCAAGAUCUGUUCAGAGGAACAAAUGCCACUGUCUUCGCCUACGGUGCCACAGCUGCCGGGAAGACACAUACCAUGCUCGGCACCGAGUCUGCUCCCGGUGUUAUGCCCAGGGCUUUGCAGCUCCUCUUUCAGCAGGUCUGCAGUGAAAGGCAUAGAGAACACACUUUGAGUUGCUGUUUUGUGGAGAUCUACAAUGAAACCAUUAGGGAUCUUUUAGGCUGUAAGCCAGAGGUCUGCGAGCUAAGAGAAGAUCCAGAGAGAGGAAUGGUGCUGCAGCAUGCCACAACACAUAGGCUUACAUCUCCACACCAAGCACUACUGCUGCUACUAGAAGGGAACAAAAGAAGGACACAAGAGGCAACAGACGCCAAUCAAACUUCUUCACGCUCCCAUGCCAUUUUACAAGUGAAUUUGUUGAUGAGAGAAGGAGGCACAGAAGAGAGACAGCUAGCCAAGCUGUCCUUAGUCGAUUUAGCCGGCAGUGAGCGGGCUUCCCACACAAGUAACUACGGGCAGAGGAUGACAGAAGGUGCGAGCAUCAACAGAUCUCUGUUGGCUUUGGGCAACGUAAUAAACGCCUUGACGGUGCGCUCAGGAACUCCAGGGUGUGCCAGCCUGCGUCACAUUCCGUAUAGAGACAGCAAGCUCACGCGUCUGCUGAAGGACAGUUUGGGGGGGCGCUGCAGAACAACCAUGAUAGCGACAAUUUCCCCUGCCACGAAUCAUCAGGAAGAAACUCUCAAUACUCUUAAGUAUGCCCGGCGGGCUAAAGCGAUACGAAACUCCACGCAGCAAAUGAAUGUACCGAAGCCACAGAGGCAAGAUUUUAACACCGACAUCGCUGUUGUUGCUAGACUUAAAGCAAAACUCCACCAGCUACAGUGCCAACUAUACGAACAGGCAGAAAAUCCUGGGUCCCAGAUCCCAGAACAGCAGGGAACAACUACAACGCUGGAAUCAGAACCUCAGGCGGCAGCCGAGGCUGUCAAUCUCCUUUUUGAAGACAUUGAUGCACUCACGACUGAAAACGCCCUCCUUACGGAACAAGUUGCUGCCCUUCAGGCUAGCCUCAAAGAGAGCGGAGACAGGUUUGCCUUCCUGCAAUCCCUGGCACAGCAGCGGCAGACCUACGCAACUGGAGCUGAGCAAGUAUCGGGUACCGCAGCAGUAGCAACAGCUGCUGCUACUACUUCAAAUGUUUCGGGUGACAAACGCAGUCGGAGAGGCCUCGUGGAAGCACCAGUCGUAUCCAGCAACACGAACAGCACCAGCGGCGGUGGGCCUCCACAUGAAGACAACGAAAUGCAAUUGUUGCUGCUCAUGCGACCACAGCCGCAGUUGCAGUCAUUGCAUCAGCAAGAUGAGGAUUUCGAAGUACCCACAGAGGAGCAAGAGCUACAGGGCAUCGACUGUCACGACGAUCUGCAACAACAGGCGCAACCACUAGCCUUGCAGCCCCAAGGGCUGAUACCCAGCAGAGAUAAAAUUCAAUUUGAUGAUUACUUUUCGCCCCAAAGCGCAGAUGCUACCGACAGCAGCCCCGCAAAGGCAAAACCAUCAGCUGUUGCGCUUCUGGCCUCUGCAGCUACUCCUGAGUCGUCAGGAGUUUCUCGUGCGCUUGGAUUGGGGCCCUUUCGUUUCUUCAGCAAGAGUAGCGCUCUUAGCAGGCUGUGUAACUCUACUCCAAGCCCUCAGGUGACCGAUGCUCCUGCUGCUACACAAUGCAGCACAAGUCCUGCAAGUAAGAUUAAUGGUUUAAGGCCAGGAAGACUAGAAACAGAUGGCGAUUUCAAGUCUACACAUAAACUUUCAGGAUCGGGGUUUGUGGCUACGCACUGCCCCUUUGGAGAGUAUUAA